AUGGAAUUUGACGACGAAAUAAUCCAAAUGGGCUACGGCGCCCCUCCACCCCCAGCAUCAUCGCGCUCAAACAGCCGUCCACCUCCACGCGCACGCUACCAACCACCCCAAGAAUCCGUAAAACAAUUCUGGGAACAAUUCAACACAAAACACCCGGGGAAAGUAUACACAGUCCUCCCCGACAACCCGUACGCACGAACGCGCGCAAAGCGUGUUCCCAGCGGGCCUAUUAAAGGCCAUGAAGCUGUCAAAUCAUACGAGCAGGCUCGGCGGGAGUGCUUGAAAUCCGUUGAUCGGAUUGUCAAAGAAUGCGAGCGGGUUAACCAGAAGUAUACGGAUCCGCAUUUUGAUAUUGAGCUUGACUUGAAGUCUGGGCGGAGGCAUUAUCUUGAUGGGUUGGAUAAGCCUAAUGAGGAGAUGAGGCCUCGGGGUGUGAAGAGGGUUACUGAAAUCUUUGAGAAGCCCCAGUUCUAUGUGAAUGGGCCUACUGCUUCGGAUGUUCGUCAGGGAUGUGAUGGCGAUUGUUGGCUGAUGGCUGCUCUUUGUACUAUGGGUAACAAGGAGGAGCUUAUCGAGAAGAUUUGUGUUGCUCGCAAUGAGAUUGUUGGUAUUUAUGGGUUUGUUUUCUACCGAGAUGGCGAGUGGCAGCAGUGCAUCGUGGAUGACAAGCUAUAUCUGCGUGCUGCAGACUACGAUGAGUCCGUGGAUGAACGACCCAUCUGGGAUGACAUUAACCGCGUCGAUACCGAAGAGGAGUACCGACGAGUCUGGCAGACUGGCUCGCGGGCUCUGUACUUUGCGCAGUGCGUGGAUGAAAACGAGACUUGGUUGCCACUUCUUGAAAAGGCUUUUGCUAAAGCUCAUGGUGAUUAUUCUGCGAUCGAGGGUGGCUUUGUUGGUGAAGCCAUCGAAGAUCUUACUGGAGGCGUUACAUCCGAGGUUUUGUCCAGUAACAUCCUCAACAAGGACCGCUUCUGGACCGAGGAGCUGAUGAAGGUUAACGAUGAGUUCCUCUUUGGUUGUGGAACUGGUAUGUUCUCCAACUGGUUGGACCCUAAGUAUCGCGGUCCUCCCAGGGAUCGCAAGGGCAUUUCGGAGAAUCACUCUUAUUCUAUCAUGGAAGCUCGGGAGAUUGAUGGGCAUCGGCUGCUUAGACUCAGGAACCCCUGGGGCCGCAAGGAAUGGCAUGGUGCUUGGGGUGAUGGAUCCAAGGAAUGGACACCUGAGUGGAUGGAGCGUCUUGGGCACAAGUUUGGAAAUGACGGUUUUUUUUGGAUCUCUUACCGGGAUCUCCUCAAGAAGUACCAGCACUUUGACCGGACUCGUCUUUUUGGACCUGAGUGGAUUAUCACACAGCAAUGGACAACAUUGAAUGUACCCUGGUCUGCGGAUUAUCACAGUACCAAGUUUAUGAUGGACGUAACCAAGAGUGGUCCCGUUGUUAUUGUCCUCUCACAAUUGGAUACGCGUUACUUCAAGGGUCUGGCUGGCGAAUACAGCUUCGUGCUCAAGUUCCGCCUGCAAAAGGAAGACGAAGAGGACUACCUGGUGCGCAGCCACAGCAGCCAUUUCAUGGGCCGCUCCGUCAACGCCGAAAUCAGCCUCGACCCAGGCCGCUAUCACGUCCUGAUGAAACUAACAGCAUUCCGACACGAUGAUGAGCCAACAGAAGAAAUAGUCCGCCGCGUCGCCUCAACCAGACGUGAAAAGCUCGUCCAAGUGGGCCUUUCAUACGAUCUCGCCCACGCCAAGGGACUGAUCGGCCAAACAGAACAAGAAAAGCGCGAUCAAGAACAAUUCAACAUAGCUAAGACCAAGAAGCUACACGAAGAAAUCAAGAAAAAGAUGCAAAAGAACUGGAUCCGCAAUCAGAAAAUGGCUGCUCGACACGAUCGUCAAGAGAGCAUAGCUGCCAUGCGUGCCACUCGCACUCCCAACGGCAGCUCGUUUGACCGCAGCCCCGAGCGCAGCCCAACCCCAACGCAGAUCCUCGCCGAUGGUCUUGUGAAUCAAUCUCCUACCGAUAUCGCAAGUGUCGCAAGUGAUAGCAGCGACCGACGCGUCCCAUAUACGAACGGCUCCGUGCCAACAAUCCAUGUGAACGGCAGCAAAGGCCUGCACGAGAGACAUGCCGGCAGGAAUGGCAUGAGGAGAACCGAAUCGCCACGUCCAAGUCUGGAUAGUCGCGUUUCGGCAGAUAUGCUCGAUCCCAGUGAUCUGGAGCUGCUGGAAGGGUUCGAAUUCGAUAGCGAUCUCGAUGUACCUGCAGAAGAGGGCGAUGCAAAGUGCCACCCACCUAUGAUGGGCCAGGAUGAACCUGCUGUUGACCCGUGGAAUGCUGUUUGUGUUGUUGGUCUGCGUGUUUACUCUAUGGAUCCCAUGCUCAGUUUGCAGGUUAUGCAUCCAGUUCCUGAGGAUGAUACUGAGGCUCCUUUGGACCGGGAUGAUCCUGCUGUAUCGGCAACUACUCUUCAGAGGGAUUCCUAUUCUUGGAAGGAUUCUUGGAGUAGUCAGCUUCCCUUUUGA